GCGGCACCUCCCGUCCUCCGCCGUCCCCUCCCUCAGUCCCGCUCGGCGGCCGCCGCGGCAGCACUCGUGGAGCCGGAGCCGCUCUGGGUAGCGCUGCCUCAUCCUCCUCUUCCUCCUCAGCUCCCCUAUCCCCCGGGCACGAUGCAGUUUAUGUUGCUUUUUAGUCGCCAGGGGAAACUGAGACUCCAGAAGUGGUAUGUCCCAUUAUCUGACAAAGAAAAGAAGAAAAUCACAAGGGAACUUGUUCAAACGGUAUUAGCCCGCAAACCGAAAAUGUGCAGUUUCCUCGAAUGGAGAGACCUGAAGAUUGUCUACAAAAGAUAUGCAAGUCUCUAUUUCUGCUGUGCUAUUGAAGAUCAGGACAACGAACUAAUAACUCUGGAAAUAAUUCAUCGCUAUGUAGAACUUCUUGACAAGUAUUUUGGCAGUGUAUGUGAACUUGAUAUCAUCUUCAAUUUUGAAAAAGCCUAUUUCAUUCUGGAUGAGUUCCUUUUAGGAGGGGAAGUUCAGGAGACUUCCAAGAAAAAUGUUCUUAAAGCCAUCGAACAAGCAGAUCUUUUACAGGAGCCACGACAUGAAUACUUUAAUGUACCAGUGUACUAAAUGGCUUCAUUCAUCAUGCAUGCAGAGUUUCAGAGGAGAUAGACCUGUGACUUACUCAUGACAGAACAUUAUCAUCAGCUUGCUGAAUCCAGUCAUCUUGAAUCUAAUAGAAUGCCACAACCAUUCUCUGCUGUUGUACUUUCCUCUUCCCCCUCUGUUUUACAGUGUUGUCUCUUCAUGUCUCAUUUCAACAAAACUUGUGCUUGUUGGCAUAUGGUUUAACUUUUUUAUUGUGUGUAAGCUUGAAGUCUUAUGCUUAAAAGUUCUGUAGCAUUUUCUGAGCUAAACACCUAUACACUGUAACACCUUACUUUAACAUUACUCAACCUGUGUUUAUCUUUCAGAUAGGUUGUGGUGGUAUUUAAACAUACACUUAAAACCUGUAGGUGAGGUUCAUACUUAACAGAGAAACCAGUGAAGGAGCAGUAUCAUGUGAAAUGUCUAUACACACAAGUAUUAGAUGGUGUUAUCCACAGUUCUACACAGACCAUUAUUGCAAAGAUGCAAAUACCAAUUCUCUUUUCCGAAGACUGGCACAAUAGUGUGACUGACUUUACAAAGAGGAGAAAGGCAGAAUUGAUUAGGUCAAAGAGAAUGACUUAGAUAAAUUUGAAGCUAGAACAUUUGUAUUUAAAUGUUCAAAACACUCUUGUGAGUAGUUGAACGGUUGCUGCCACUGAAGGUGAGAAUAAGAUCAUUGCUUUACAAAUGAAUACUAGAAUCAUAGAAUCAUCAUAGUUGGAAAAGACCUCUAAGAUCACUGAGUCCAACCAUUAAUGGUUAGGGUUGGAAAGAUCUAAGUCCAUUAACAGUAUACUUGAAAUAUAUCUUCUUAAAUUGGCAUUUCCAGAUUUAAGUGCAGGCUGCCUUGUGUAUCUGAGAACUGCCACUGCACAUAAGUGCAUUCCACUGAAAAGUGGGCAAAGUGAGAGGGCAUGUAUUGCAUCCUCUAUUUGUAACCUAAAACCAAUGCUGGUUUUGAAAAUCGUUUUAGUGUAAUUAACAAGGAAGUGGUUACUGAGAUUAACCACGAACAGUAGUUCUAUAUGUGGUAAUGCACUACCUUCCAAAUGUUAGACUGACAUAAAAAUGGGAGAUUUAGGGGAUUAGACAAAAGAUUUGGAUUGGAUUUGCAGCAUUCUGGAAUCUUAGAAAACAAGAUCAUAGAAGUGGUUUUCCAUUUCCAAGUUUGCCUUUUUUUCUGUAAGCCAUUAACAAUGUGUUUGGAUGUCUGGUUAAUGCUGCUUUAGCCUGCAUUAUUUCAUGCCUGUUGGCUUAAAAUGCUGUGCAUUGAGCUGUAAUGAGAUGCUGUUUUUCUUGUUAUCUGUAUACAGCUGCUUGCUUCUAAAUGACUAGGUAAUGAAUUGGCUUUUCUGGCAUGUUUGAAAUAAAGUAUUGCAUGCACUUUUGUCUCAUGUGAAUGACUUUUUUCCUCAUCUGUGUUCUGAUGUUUCAAAUUUGCAUUGUUCGCCUUGGGUGAUUCUGAGCUGCAGGUAGUGUAUAAUACUGCAGAACAGUUUCCAUAAGAAUUGGAUGAAAUGUUUGACACUUACUAAAACAAAUAAUGUGAACAAAACAUAAUUCAUUCUGUUUGUUUCUUAAAAGUCAUAAUUGAUGAAAUUAUUCCUCUAGCAAAACACAUUACCCUUUAGGUGUUCCUUGAGAUUAUAUUGUUGAUGAGCCUAUAAGAAGGCAUGACUGCCUCAAGGUUACUGCUGUAGUAUUAAAAAAAUUGAAAUAUUACUGUGGUUUAUGGGUGAGAUAUCUGCGGACAAGUAGCCAAUGUCCUUGAAAUAGGUUGCUUUCAAUUUUUAGCCAAUGACCUUGAUUUACUUGAAGAAAUUUAGUCAUUUCAGUAUAUGCCUGCUGAAAAUCACCUAUGACUUUGAAUUGGCAGUGGAGACAACAAUACUAAACUGCUCUAAAGACAGCAGCAGCAAUGCUCUGUGUUUCUUCAUAGCUAUUGAGAAAUUUGUUUUGAGGCAAUUUUGUAAAUACCGUUUCACUCCUCAGUAACUCUGAAGCAUCCACUGCUGUCUAAUCAAUUUAAAACUGAAAAGUGGAUCUAUUACAAAUAUUUUCAAGACCCUAAAAUGCUUGAGAAGGUGUGUUCUGUUAGAAUAUCCUGAGUUCUGUUGCCAUAGUUAGUUAGCAAUGUAGGAUUUCUUGAGUAAAACCGUUAGGUUGGUCUAAAAUGAAUGCAACAAAGUAAUCUGGGAAUAUAAUAGAACAAGUUAUAUUGAAAAUGCUACAUAGCCAUUUCUUCAAUCAGUGUCUCCUUUUGGGGGAUUUGUGUUAAAAUACACAUGUAAAUCUUUAAUCCUGCUAUCCUGUCUGGCUUUAUCAAGGUCACUGCAGUUCUAAGAAUAUUUAAAUAUUGCAUCAGUGAAGGG